UAGGAAGUUAGAACUUUACCUUUCCACCUCGAGGGUCGUGCCGAUGUCUCUUCUAAUCCUCCUGGUUCUAUUUCUCCACGUUGUAGGAGCUCGACCCCCUGACGAGGUCGUCGGGUACCUCGGAGAAACCGUCACUUUGCCCUCAGGAGCAGAUCCGUCACUGACUCUCACCAAAAUCGAGUGGUCCAUCUUCUCCAACACCACGUGGAUUGCCACCCGUCGCAAUGGUUUGACAGUCAUCGACCGUGUCGCUCGAUUCCAAGGGAGACUCCAACUCAACAUCACUUCAGGUGACUUGACGAUCUGUGAUUUGAGGAAAGAAGAUGAGAUGAAAUACACCGUGAAACUGGAACCGCAGCCAAAGACCAAAGAGAUCCGGCUCAUAGUAAACCGACGCCUUCAGAAGCCGACCAUUGAGCCACUGUUCAGAGCGGCUGGGGGGGGCGGCUUCUGGCUGGGGCUGCAGUGUUCCUCUCAAGAUGAAGCUGUGGAUUUCUCCUGGAAGAUCGAACCCCCCACUGAGACGAGUGGGAGGCAAGCGGAGAGAAAGUCAAAAGAGAUUUUCAUGUUCCUGAAGAACACGGAGACCGAUGUGGAGUUCACCUGCACCACCAGCAGGACCAAGGAAAACGUCUCCAGCACUUUCACUCUAAAGUCUGAUGAUACAACAAUCUGUGAAGCCAGAAAAUCUCCCAGCAGGAACAGAUGCAUUCUGGGAUUACCCAUCUGCUUGCUCAUCGGCUUUGUCAUACCAGUGGUAUUAUACAUGUGCAGAGAAAACAUCUGCGCUCCUUGUUGAUAGUUUGAGAGAGAGCGUCAGGAAGCUGGAAGGAGCUCAGCACAGGAAGCCUGAUGCUGUCAGACCAGGACUGCAGCUCCCCCUCCUUACACAGAUUACAACCUACAGUAGAGUACACUGCAUGGUCCCCUGCUGCUCCAUCAUUCACUCACCUCUACAUCACCUGGUGUCUUUUCUCAUGGACGCUGUAAAUAGUCUUUUGUCUCUUGUCCUUGUGUCCGUCCACGUGGGACUCUGAGGUUUUAUUUCUUUUCUCUGUUAAAAGGGUUUUUAAGUUAGUUUUACUCUUGUUAAGAUCUAUCAGACUUAUUAUAAUUUGUGAAUAUGAGACCAUACAAAUAAAAGGUGAUUGAUGAAUAAAAUUUGAUGACAGAUUAUAGUAGUGGUGUUCAAGGUAUUGAGUUCAUUUCUGAUCAAACUGUACUGUUUAUUAUAUUUUCUACUUCUAAUAUC